AUGAUGUAGAGAUGUGGAGUUUUUCUAAUUGACAUAUCAUCUAACUCUACAACUUGUCUCAAUCUGUUCAUUUGGCAUGUGGAUCCUAAAAACACAAGACUCAAGACAAAAAUAUGAUAACUGAGAUCAACUAAUUGAUUACCAGACAAUAAAUUAAUAAAUAUGUAAGGCACAUGAAGAACAUUAUGAAGAGAAAGCUUGAAUUGAGUAGUAGAACCAAUUGAUUAGUACAGUAAAGUGUGGUAAAAUGUGGAGGUGAAAUAGAAUAAAUAUGUUAAAUAGUCAAAGGUGUCAUAUGAUUUGUGACACCAAAAUCAAGGGUCCAAAGAGAAGUAGUACAUGAAGGUUUAAGAGUAGAAAAGUUGAUAGUAACUAGUUUUUUAGAGACAAAAAUACUAAAUUAGUAAAUAUGUGCAAGUUUUUUAGAUAGAAAAGUUUGAAUGUCACCAUUAGAUAUCCCUUUAGGUAAAGUAAAGAUAAAUUACAUAAUAAGUAUAAUAGAUGUCAUGUGGGGAAUCCUUAAAUGUCAUGAUCACCAUGUCUUUUUUGUAGAGGUAGUUGCACUUUAUCCUUGUCCAGGCCCUCAUCUUUUUCCUUGAAGAUGAUAAUCUUUCUUUUAAUGACCUUUGGAAUGAAAAUAAUUACAUCCAUCAAGAGAGACAUGAAAUAUUGGUUUCUUAGGAGGUACAAUUAGAUUAUUAUGUCCAUCAGCCAACAUAAGUGUAGUUCCUGUACACUAGUAGAAUUAAGUGAUCACAAAUCAGUUUUUUUAGCAUGUAAUUCACUGACUAUGAUAAAAAUAGUAAGUAGUGGAGACUGAUAUAGCAAAGAUAUAUGGAAAACUUUAAAAUCAUCUCAAAUUGUUAUUAAUAAUUGUUUGAAUCUUUCUUCUCAUGAUAUUUUAAAAUUAUAA